UGCUUUUAUAUUAAAAUGGGAAUUGAAAAUGGAUGCUCAACAUUCAAAUGCGUUUUUCUCAAAAAGGAUGGUGUGUACAUGAUGCUUUUUGAAAUGUUGGCAUCGAAUUGUCAAAUAUUCAGUAGCCAGAAACAGUUUCGCGUUCUACAAAUUUACGGUAUUUUUUUCCAAUGUAACGAUAUAAUUCUUCACAACAGGAUCUCAAAAUAUAAAUUGUCAAACUUCAAAACAAUCAUUCCCUAACGAACUGCAUAGCAGGUGAACGAACCUUUUCAAACUUCAAAAAACACUAAAUCACCACAAACCUUUACAUUACUUCCACCUUCGAGUUCUUUCCGUUACUGAUGCCCUCCCCUCAAACCAAAGCUGCGCAGUUCUUCAGAUGUGCGCAGAAUGUUUGAAAUUAUUAUGAAAUCGGUCAUGUACCGGCACAAAUGACGCCGAAUUGGCAAAAGUUGGUGGUGGCACGUGAGCCGGCCCCAAGUUCCGGCUCUGCUCGGUUUCCCCAAAACAAACCAACUUCGCUGAUUAGAACCACCAAUCUGUGACCAAUAAAAUGCCCGCGAGUGCACCUUUGAAGCAACCAUGUCUUCUCUAACCACCGUGCUAGCCGUCACGUUUUUCCUCAGCUCCAGCCUGGUGUUGAGCGUUCCCAGUGAUUUCUGUGGCAUCAAUGAGGUGUUCCGGUUUUGUGGUCCCAUCAUUCAACCAUCGUGUGCCUCCCAGCGGAUUGGUUCGAAGGUGCGGAUACCGGGGUGCAAGAUGGGAUGCACCUGCAAGCCGACUUUCGUUAGGAACGCCUUCGGCAUCUGUGUCCAACCGUCCAAGUGCUUUCUUAGUAAAGCUGGCAACAGCAUUCAUGAUUCAAUAAAAAAUAAUUAGCUUAACUACUGACUAUGUAAUCUUCAUUUACUUAGAAUUAACUCAUAACAACCAUCAACAACUUUAACAGGGAAUUAACUAAAACUCAUGUUUUUCGUUUGUCGUUGCUUGACGAAUGUUUGAAAACGGCUGACACAAACAGUUUGCUCGAAAUACUUCCUCCUGGCUUUUAGAAAUGUGCUUCCAACAAAACAAUGCAUUCAACUUCAUCGUCCUUAUCUUACCCCAAUUUCAAUC